UUACUAAUUAUGUAUACCCAGACAACGUAAGAAAAGAGAACCCUUUUUCCGGCUGGAAUAUUCCAUUAAGGAAUGUCACCGGCCAUCGGAGAAGAUGUUCCGCUCUUGCCGGACCACAGCGCGAAAGAGAAGCGCGGGGCGUCGGUAUCCGGAGCAGUGUUUAAUGUGUCAACUAGUGUAAUAGGAGCAGGGAUUAUGUCAAUACCUGCCACCCUUAAGGUGCUAGGAGUAAUUCCUGCUUUUGUAUUGAUUGUGGUUAUUGCAUGGCUAGCUGAGAUUUCUGUUGAUUUCUUGAUGAGAUAUACACAUUCCGGCCAGUCUACGACGUACGCCGGUGUCAUGAGGGAGGCUGUUGGGCCGGUGGGAUCCAUGGCUGUGCAAAUUUGUGUUAUGAUCACUAACUUCGGUUGCUUAAUCGUUUAUUUGAUCAUCGUUGGUGAUGUCCUCUCAGGAAGUGAACAUGGAGGAUCAUUACAUCUGGGGGUUUUGCAAGAAUGGUUUGGAAUUCAUUGGUGGAAUUCACGAGCUUUCGCCCUUUUCUUGAUUGUUCUAUUUGUUAUGCUUCCCUUGUGCUUGUACAGGCGUGUAGAGUCACUAAGCUUCAGCUCAGCCGUAUCAGUUCUUCUAGCAGUAGUGUUUGUUGGGAUAAGUUCAGUCAUGGCAAUCUCUGCACUUAUAGAAGGGAAAACCAAAACUCCAAGAUUACUGCCUCACUUGGACAAUCAAGUUUCUUUUUUCGACCUUUUUACUGCUGUACCUGUAAUUGUUACAGCUUUUACAUUUCAUUUCAAUGUUCAUCCGAUUGGUUUCGAGCUUGGAAAACCUUCUGAUAUGAUAUCAGCAGUAAGAAUUUCGCUAGCAAUUUGCGCAGCAAUCUACUUUGCCAUAGGCAUCUUUGGAUACCUAUUGUUUGGGGAUUCAAUUAUGGCAGACAUAUUAGUAAAUUUCGAUCAAAGUUCCGAUACAGCAACUGGUGCAUUAUUAAAUGACAUUGUUAGAUUAAGUUAUGCCUUUCACCUUAUGUUAGUGUUUCCUCUGCUGAAUUUCUCUUUAAGGGCAAACAUUGAUGAGUUUCUUUUCCCUAAAAAGCCUAUUUUGGCAAAAGACACAAAAAGAUUUGUAUCUCUGACUCUUAUCUUGCUAACCUUCAGCUAUCUAUUUGCAAUUGCCAUUCCAAAUAUAUGGUAUUUCUUUCAGUUCGUAGGUUCAACUUCUGCAGUUUGUCUUGCUUUCAUUUUCCCAGGAGUUAUUGUGCUAAGGGAUGUUCACAGAAUAUCAACAACAAAGGAUAGGAUUAUCGCGGCGAUAAUGAUAGUUCUUGCUGUAGUAACAAGUUCUAUUGCCAUAUCAACCAAUAUAUAUAGCUCGAUGAGAAAUAAGUCUUAAUUCUUCUCUUUUUUUCUGUUUUUUCACCCUAAUGGUUUUUGUACUUGAGGUGCCUGUAUUUUUUAUAUUCUUAUGUAUUUGAGAGUUAAACAGAUGAAAGUUGAAUAGGUUUGUGUGCUAAUUAGCUUGUAAACUUGAAACUAGUGUAUUGGAAAUAAUUAAGACGUUAAUUUGAUUUAACAAGGGGUUUUUAAUUAA